AGAGUAGCUGGGACCACAAGCACCACAGGCGCCCGGCACGAUGCCGGCUAAUUUUUUUUUUUUUUUUUUUUUUUUUUUAAGAGAUAGAGGUAGGCUCCCUACGUUGCCCAGGCUUGUCUUGAAUUCCUGGGCUCAAGCAAUCCUCCCUCCUCGGCUUCCCAAAGUGUAGGGAUUACAGGCGUGAGCCACUGCGCCCUGCCAAAAGAGGGCUUUAGGGCACCCCAGAACGCGAGAUCCCCCUCAUCUGUUAUCUUUAAAGAGGAGGAAGUGUACUCCAAAUCAAGCGAUAGUCCAUUCGUACUUGGCACGGUGACUGCCGGGAGGCCAGGACCAAAUGUGUCUCCUUCCGGCUUUUGCACCACACUAACUAACCGGCGCCAGGCCGCAGAGCCGCCCUGGCCUUCGGCGAGAACUCAGGCGAGCGCGGCGCACGCUGCUCCGGAGUCCCACCGCGGAAGUUGAGGCCGCGGAUUCCGAGGGCUGGGUGGAGAGGAAUCUGGAAGGACCCGGACCUGGUGGAACGCACUGCGCGGACGGCGCCUCCGUCCGCACUCAGCUGUUCAGCCCUCUUUCUUCAGGCUCUCCCCUGAAAGCCGUCCCCACACCGGUCUCUUUUUUCUGCCUUCUUGUUUCCCUCCGGCGAGUCAGCGCGACUGUGAAUUUCCGUUUCCGGCGGUGUCCAUGCUGACCUGAGGAGUCGCGGCUGCGAGCAGGUUCGGUGCUGCGGGUUGGAGUAGGCGGCGGUGGGGUCCCUGGUUCUGGGGCCCUGGGAAGAUCGCGAGUCGUGCGUGUGGGAACGUCCUCCCCCGGUCCUCCGGGUCAUCUUUGCUCCCGAGGAGCGGCAUAUUUCUCAUCUGCCGGAGGUGUCCUGGGGUAGUUGGGUUAAAGUUACUUGUUAUUGGUAAAUAGCCACUAUGGAGGCUAAGGACCAGAAGAAACACAGAAAGAAAAACAGUGGACCCAAAGCUGCAAAGAAAAAGAAGCGGCAUCUGCAGGAUCUCCAGCUAGGAGACGAAGAAGAUGCCCGGAAGAGAAAUCCCAAAGCUUUUGCAGUUCAGUCUGCUGUGCGGAUGGCUCGAUCCUUUCACAGGACUCAGGAUUUGAAGACAAAAAAGCAUCAUAUUCCAGUGGUUGAUCGAACUCCACUAGAGCCCCCACCAAUAGUGGUAGUGGUGAUGGGACCUCCAAAAGUUGGAAAGAGCACUUUGAUACAAUGCCUCAUUCGGAACUUUACCCGGCAGAAGUUGACCGAGAUCAGAGGCCCUGUGACGAUUGUGUCAGGUAAAAAGCGCAGACUAACCAUUAUUGAAUGUGGGUGUGACAUUAACAUGAUGAUUGAUCUGGCUAAAGUAGCAGAUCUGGUACUGAUGCUUAUAGAUGCCAGCUUUGGGUUUGAAAUGGAAACGUUUGAGUUUCUAAACAUCUGUCAAGUACAUGGCUUUCCUAAAAUUAUGGGAGUUCUCACCCAUCUCGACUCCUUCAAGCAUAAUAAGCAACUGAAGAAGACAAAGAAGCGAUUAAAACACAGGUUCUGGACAGAAGUUUACCCGGGUGCCAAGCUGUUCUAUCUUUCUGGAAUGGUGCAUGGAGAAUAUCAAAACCAAGAAAUCCACAAUCUGGGCCGUUUUAUUACAGUUAUGAAGUUUAGGCCUCUCACAUGGCAAACUUCUCACCCUUAUAUCCUGGCAGACAGGAUGGAAGAUUUGACAAACCCAGAGGAUAUCCGAACAAACAUCAAAUGUGACCGGAAGGUGUCACUUUAUGGUUAUUUAAGAGGAGCACACUUGAAAAAUAAAAGCCAAAUUCACAUGCCAGGGGUAGGAGAUUUUGCCGUGAGUGACAUCAGUUUCCUCCCAGACCCUUGUGCUCUUCCUGAACAACAAAAGAAGCGCUGUUUAAAUGAGAAGGAGAAGCUGGUUUAUGCGCCUCUUUCUGGAGUUGGGGGUGUGCUGUAUGACAAAGACGCUGUCUAUGUUGACCUUGGUGGCAGCCACGGUUUUCAGGACGAGGUGGGGCCCACCCAUGAGUUGGUCCAGAGUCUCAUCUCUACCCACUCCACCAUUGAUGCCAAGAUGGCUUCAAGUCGAGUGACGCUGUUUUCUGAUUCCAAGCCACUUGGGUCAGAGGAUAUAGAUAAUCAAGGGCUAAUGAUGCCAAAGGAGGAAAAACAAAUGGACUUGAACACUGGUCGAAUGCGUCGGAAAGCCAUUUUCGGAGAUGAAGAUGAAUCUGGAGAUAGUGAUGAUGAAGAAGAAGAUGAAAUGUCUGAAGAUGACGGGUUGGAAAACGGCUCUAGUGAUGAGGAAGCAGAAGAGGAGGAAAAUGCUGAGAUGACUGAUCAGUAUAUGGCUGUUAAGGGCAUCAAACAACGGAAACUUGAGUUGGAAGAAGACAGUGAAAUGGAUUUGCCAGCAUUUGCUGACAGUGACGAUGACCUUGAGAGGAGCUCAGCGGAAGAAGGGGAAGCGGAGGAAGCUGAUGAAAGCAGUGAGGAAGAGGACUGCACUGCAGGAGAGAAGGGCAUUUCAGGAUCAAAGGCUGCUGGAGAAGGUAGUAAAGCAGGGCUGUCGCCAGCUAAUUGCCAGAGUGACCGUGUGAAUCUGGAGAAGUCUUUGCUGAUGAAGAAAGCAGCUCUCCCCACUUUCGAUUCUGGGCAUUGCACAGCUGAAGAGGUGUUUGCAUCUGAAGAUGAAUCUGAAGAAAGCUCCUCACUCAGUGCAGAGGAAGAAGACUCAGAAAAUGAAGAGGCUAUUAGAAAAAAGCUUUCAAAGCCUUCUCAAGUGAGCAGUGGUCAGAAACUGGGGCCACAGAACUUCAUUGAUGAGACCAGUGAUAUAGAAAAUUUACUCAAAGAGGAAGAAGAUUACAAGGAAGAAAAUAAUGAUUCCAAAGAAACGUCAGGUGCCCUCAAGUGGAAGGAAGACCUUUCCAGAAAGGCAGCUGAGGCCUUUCUGAGGCAGCAGCAAGCAGCUCCAAACCUCCGAAAGCUUAUUUAUGGGACAGUGACAGAAGAUAAUGAAGAAGAAGAUGAUGAUACUCGAGAAGAGCUUGGAGGGUUGUUUCGUGUCAACCAGCCUGACAGAGAGUGUAAGCACAAGGCUGACUCUUUGGACUGCUCCAGAUUUCUUGUGGAGGCCCCCCAUGACUGGGAUUUAGAGGAGGUUAUGAACAGUAUCAGAGAUUGCUUCGUGACUGGAAAGUGGGAAGAAGAUAAAGAUGCAGCCAAGGUCUUAGCAGAAGAUGAGGAGCUCUACGGUGACUUUGAAGACUUGGAAACAGGGGACGUGCACAAGGGAAAAUCAGGCCCCAAUACUCAGAAUGAAGAUAUAGAGAAAGAAGUUAAGGAAGAAAUUGACCCCGAUGAAGAAGAAAGUGCCAAGAAAAAGCAUUUGGAUAAGAAGAGAAAAUUGAAGGAGAUGUUUGAUGCAGAAUAUGAUGAAGGAGAAAGCACAUAUUUUGAUGAUCUUAAAGGAGAAAUGCAGAAACAAGCACAGCUGAAUCGCGCAGAAUUUGAAGAUCAAGAUGAUGAAGCCAGAGUUCAGUAUGAGGGUUUUCGACCUGGGAUGUACGUCCGCGUUGAGAUUGAAAAUGUUCCCUGUGAAUUUGUGCAGAACUCUGACCCCCAUUACCCCAUUAUCCUGGGUGGCUUGGGCAACAGUGAGGGAAAUGUUGGCUACGUGCAGAUGCGUCUGAAGAAACAUCGCUGGUAUAAGAAAAUCCUCAAGUCCCGAGAUCCAAUCAUAUUUUCUGUAGGGUGGAGGAGGUUUCAGACCAUCCCACUGUAUUAUAUCGAAGACCACAAUGGAAGACAAAGGCUUCUAAAGUAUACCCCACAGCACAUGCAUUGCGGAGCAGCCUUUUGGGGCCCUAUCACUCCACAGGGAACUGGUUUCUUGGCAAUACAGUCUGUCAGUGGCAUAAUGCCUGAUUUUCGGAUAGCUGCUACAGGAGUUGUCCUUGAUCUGGAUAAAUCCAUAAAAAUUGUGAAGAAAUUAAAGCUAACUGGUUUUCCAUAUAAAAUUUUCAAGAACACUUCAUUUAUUAAGGGAAUGUUUAAUUCUGCCUUGGAAGUGGCCAAAUUUGAAGGUGCUGUGAUUCGAACUGUCAGUGGGAUAAGGGGGCAGAUCAAGAAAGCACUCCGAGCUCCAGAAGGAGCUUUCAGGGCCAGCUUUGAGGAUAAGCUGCUGAUGAGCGAUAUUGUCUUCAUGCGAACUUGGUAUCCUGUUUCCAUCCCAGCGUUCUAUAACCCAGUAACAUCUUUGUUGAAACCAGUGGGUGAGAAAGACACCUGGUCAGGAAUGCGGACCACGGGCCAACUCAGGCUCGCCCAUGGCGUCAGACUAAAGGCGAACAAGGACUCUCUGUAUAAGCCAAUCCUGAGGCAAAAGAAACAUUUUAAUUCACUGCACAUUCCAAAAGCCUUGCAGAAGGCCCUGCCAUUUAAGAACAAGCCCAAGACCCAAGCAAAGGCAGGCAAGGUGCCAAAGGACAGGCGGAGACCGGCCGUCAUACGCGAGCCUCAUGAAAGAAAGAUCCUUGCACUGCUGGAUGCUCUGAGUACGGUGCAUAGUCAGAAGAUGAAGAAGGCCAAGGAGCAGCGGCACCUGCACAAUAAAGAGCACUUCAGAGCCAAGCAGAAGGAGGAGGAGGAGAAGCUGAAGCGGCAGAAGGACCUCAGGAAGAAGCUCUUCCGAAUUCAGGGGCAGAAGGAAAGAAGAAACCAGAAGUCCAGUUUGAAGGGGGCUGAGGGCCAAUUGCAGUGAGCCUUUGGACUGGAGGGACUGUCCCUGGAUCUGCGGAGGUGGACAGUUUCAAACAUCACAGUUUGAAUGCCUGUGAAUGACAAGUCAGUGGGAAAGAGCUCAAGAGAUGUCUCUACCCAAACUGUGCCUGCAAGAGGAGGAAAGGAGAAGCCUGGGCUGCUGGGACUGGGUUCAUUGUCAUCACUUGGGGCUGUCGAGAUUUAAAGUGAUGUAAGCUGUGGUUAUGUGGAUUCUCUUACUUUCCUCUGCCUGCCUCAGUUUAAUUAUUUUGUCCUACAGAAAUAUCAUUAAAAUAUUUUUUUGUUA